AUGGAUAAAAGAAAACAAUCAGAUUAUGAUAAUGGUAAAUCAAAACCAACAAAUGGAUCAAAAACAACCAAAUUUAAUUUAAUUAAAAUCAUUAUUAGAAAUUUAUUAAUUGGUAUUUUAUUAAUGUUGGUAUUAAAUACAAUUAGAUUUACAUCAAAACAACCAAAAGUUGAAAUAUUAUCACCAGAUCAUAUAGAUUCAUUUACAACAUUAUCUGAUAUAGAAUUAGCUCAAAGAUUAGCAAAAGCAACAACAUUUAAAACAAUUUCAUUUGGAGAAUCAGAUGAAUUCGAUCAAUAUGAACCAGAAUUUUUAAAAUUUCAUGAAUUUUUAAAAAUAACAUUUCCAAAAGUUCAUAAAUAUUUAAAAUUAAAUAUUAUUGCAAAUUAUAGUUUAGUUUAUAAUUGGAAAGGAUUAGAUGAAAGUUUAAAACCAAUCCUAUUAGCAGGUCAUAUUGAUGUUGUACCAACAUUAUUUUUAGAUAAAUGGACACAUCCACCAUUUUCAGGUCAUAUCGAUGAUACCUAUAUUUGGGGUAGAGGUACAAUGGAUGAUAAAGGAUCAGUCAUGGCAAUACUAGAGAGUGUUGAAGAUUUAUUAAGUCAAGGAUUUAAACCACAACGUUCAAUCUAUUUUGCAUUUGGACAUGAUGAAGAAUUGGGUGGUAAUAAUGGUGCAUUCAAUAUUAACAAAUAUUUCGAUACAAAUGAAAUUGGACCAUUUGAAUUCAUUUUAGAUGAAGGUUUACCAAUUCUUUUACCACCAGUAUUCCCAGGUUUAUCAAAACCAAUCGCAUCAGUUGGUAUCACUGAAAAGGGUGCAAUCGAUAUCAAAUUAUCAGUUACAAUCGUUGGUGGUCAUUCAUCUAUGCCACGUCGUGAGAGUGCAAUUGGGGUUUUGGCACAAGCAGUCUCAAAACUUGAAAAUAAUCCACCAUCACCAAAACUACGUGAAACUAGAUUACUAUUUGAUUUCGUUGGUAGAGAAUGUUCAUUACCUUAUCGUUUCCUUUUCUCAAAUCUUUGGUUAUUCGAACCAAUCAUCUCUAGAGUAUUAUCAACUAAACCAACUUUGGAUGCACUUCAAAGAACAACUACAGCUUUAACAAUUUUCAAUGCUGGUAAUAAAGCAAAUGUAAUACCAAUGGAAGCAAAUGCAACUAUAAAUUUUAGAGUUGUACCUGGUGAUUCAACAAAUGAUAUCAUUGAUCAUGUCAAUCGUGUUAUCAAUGAUGAUCGUGUUAAAAUUUCAAAGAUUUCAAAUAUUAUUGAACCUGCACCUGUAUCUUCAACAACUUCAAAAUCUUUCAAUUUACUUCAAUCAACUAUUCUUCAAGAAUUUCCUGAUGUUGUUGUAGCUCCAACAAUUAUGAUUGCAAAUACUGAUACUCGUCAUUAUUGGAAUUUAACAGAAAAUAUAUUUAGAUUUUGUCCAAUGGUACUCGAAAAUAGUGAUCUUCAACGUUUACAUGGUAUCGAUGAAAGAUUAACAAUUAAAAAUUAUAAACAAUUGGUUGAUUUUUAUUAUCAUUUAAUUAAAAAUACUGAAAAAUAUUUAUAA